GCUUGGCUGCGGCGCGGGCAGGCAGGCGGGCUCCGGGACGCGAUGCCGCCGCCGCCUCCUCGCCCGCCAGGGCUGCUCUGCCGGGGCUGAGCCUCCGCGUGAACCGCGAGCCGAGCGGCCGCCGGGCGCGCCGCAGCGCUGAAGAUGGGCUGCGGCGGUAGCCGAGCGGAUGCCAUCGAGCCUCGCUACUACGAGAGCUGGACCCGGGAGACCGAGUCCACCUGGCUCACCUACACCGACUCGGACGCGCCGCCCAGCGCCGCCGCCCCGGACAGCGGCCCCGAGGCGGGCCUGCACGGGGGUGUGCCGGAAGACGGACAGUCCCCCAAUGGUGUUCCCCGAUCUUCAGCUCCAGGCGGAACAUCCAACCCUGAGAAGAAGCCAAGCGGUGGGACCCAGGGCUCGAAUCCUCAGAGCCUCAGCGCAGGCCCGCCGACCCAGAAACAGAAUGGCCUUCGGACCGCCGAGAGCUUACUGGUCCUGUCCCCGCAGGCCAAUGUCACCUGCUUUCUGAGGAUGCAACUGGUUCAUGAUGGAGUUCUUGAUCACAUCAGCUAAAAGAGAUGCUAAGCGCAUGUCUGCAAAAGAAGUCACCAUUAGUGUCACCGACAGCAUCCGGCAAAUGGAUAGAAGUCGAAGAAUUACAAAGAACUGUGUUAACUAGCAGGGUGUUCAAAUAGAAGGGAAGAUGGACUUCUUUGGUGCCCUUUAUGAUCCUGGAUCCUGCCAAGGAAACUUGAAGAAUUAGGUGCCCCUUGCUGAACGAGAAAGCUGCUGAGUGCCUUGAGAGACUCUGUCUUACUUGCCUGCACUGUUGGGACAGCCUCAGCCUCCUGUCGAUCACAUACAUGCAUUGACACGGUACUUGUCUAUGUGGAUAAACUGCAAAUGCACAGUUCAGUUUGCCUCUUCACAACUCGUGUAAUAUGGUUUGGGAUAAAAGUGAUGACCUAAAGCCACAGGCCAGUUUGUGAAACAGAGAAAAGUAGGAGGGGUAGAUUCCCUGGGUGAAAGAUUCACAAGUCACUUCUAAGCUCUUCUGGUCACAAUAGUGUGUACUGUUAAAGGCAAGUUGACCUUUUAUUCUCUCUCUUUUUUUAAUACCACCAUCACAAAGCUUAUUGUGUUUACUUAAAAGUUGGCUUUUAUCCAACUCUAAACCCAGCCAUAUGAGAAUCAUGAAACAGGAAAACGCCCUGUUAUUCUUGUUUCCUUAGCUCAGUAUAAGACAGAUUCAGAUCCAGUUUCACAUAAACUAACUCUACCAACACCCACAGGUAUCUCUGGGAGGUCUCUAAGUACCUGUGAUGCAUUCAAGUCACAUCCAUUUCUCAUCUGCCUUCGUUGUGCUCUCAGGCUGGCAUCUAUUUACCCUCCAAACCAUAAUAUCCUGAUUGAUAGGGGUCAGUGCAUCCAGCCUAGGAAGACCUCAUGGCUUAGCCAGACAUUACAUUUUUCACAGCUUUCCGGCUCCCUUUGCUUGUGUUCUUGAGUGUUUUCUUUCUCCAUUCAGGUCGUUUAUAAUGGUUCAUCAAAGACUGGAGGGAAAUCAUCCAGGAACAUGUUGGCAGGAUACACAGCUUCUUUUUGGUUUCUCUGUGCACAGCCACAGCAUUAUGUCAAAUUGGUUUCUAAAAAACAAUGACUUUACAAAACCAAUCCCCUGUUGAUGUGCAUUCAUAUUGACCUGUACUAUUGAUGUGCACUGUGUUAGAAACCAGGUAGCUGAUGCAGUAAGAAAAAUGUUUUAAUAGGAAUAAUUUUCUAGCAUUUCUUUAAACAUGUUCCACUGGAAGUAUUUUCCUCCAAAGUAUUGUGGCAUGAUUCCUGAAGGACUGUUAACAUGCCUGGGAUUGGGAAAAGUAGGACUAAAUUUAUAACAAACUAUACCAAUAAACUCCAUGGUUAGCUGAAAUAGGCAGCCUGAAGGUUUGUGUUUAUGUAACGUGGUCCAGAGAAUCUAUGUAAGCAGAUAAAAAUACAGAUACCAUCCUCCUUACCUGCCAACUUUGUUAUUCCUUAAACACAAGCAGGUAGCAUCUGCCAUUCAUUCACUUAUUCUUUCUUUUAUCGAUGGAUUGUAUAGUUACUUAUUAGACAUUAAAUUCCAACCCUGAAUCUGGUGCCGUGUGUAUGUUGAGGGACUUGGACUUUGACCAGUCAUGAUUGUAUGUCCUGAAUCUUAACACUGAAUAACUUGAGACUGACUUAGACCUAAGGGAUAGUGUAUGUUGUGAAUUGCUCUCCAAUGAAAUAUCACUUCUGUAUUCAUGGUAGGUUCGUGUCUUAAACUCCAGACAUGAGUAUUCUCCUAAUCACCAUGACAAGCCUUUCAUAUGCAAAAAACUACAGUUUUCCCAAACCUCUAUCAUUUUGUGAUUCUUUGAGAAAGGGCAUUUAGGGAACUUGACAUUCUGAAAAAUUAAAAAUUAUAAAAUAAAAAUCUGUGGCUCAUAUGUCUCUACUGGCAUUAUUCAGCAAGAGCCUCCACCUGCCAAAGGUUGGCAGUGAUCCUACAAGGUCAAGGGCUCGUUCCCCCAGGGCAUGUGCACUGCGUCCUUGUGUAAGGGUUUCCUUCACCAGUGACUGUCCUGUCAGCCAUGGGCUAAGCCUAGUUUCUCUUUACAACUUUGUUUUUGCAUCUAUUAACUGCUGCACGUUGUUUGGAAUUUAUCAACUUGAAAGGCUAUCUCUGAUUUAUAGAGAGUUUUUUGCUUCUUGGGGAGAAGGAAAUGAGGGGCAUAUGAUCGGCCCCUCCAGAACAAUCUGGAUUUCACUAAGACAGGGACUGAAAGUUAAACUGUGAUACUGAAUGUUUUUUCAUGUGUGUAUGAUACAGGAACUGAUUCUUACUAUCCUAUUAGGAUAACACUUUCCAUUGCAAAGUUUGUGUCAAUAAAGUCAUUAAUUUCAAGCAUA